GGGCAAGAGUUCACUGGUCUGUCUUUAACUCGGGGAGUUUCUCUGAGUUUCAUGAGAUCUGACUUAGUUUUACAUGCGAAGGACCAAACAGCCCAGUGAUCCGCAGAGGAGCCUCUGUCCGCAGCAUAACUUCAACCUUACUCAUGGAUAGAACUUACUCAGCCACCGGAUAAGUUCUGGCCGGUGUUGAAGGCGGUGUUUUUUUUUUUUUUUUUUUUUUUUUUUUUUGGUCUUAUUGACUUUACCAACAGCAGCCGCGAUGUCCUUUUAAAAGAGGCUAGUUUCUGAGGUGCUUGUGUGAGAGGGACCCAACACAUGAUGGCCAUUGGAGCUGAUAGCUGACACUGUGGAAUGAGAGGAUGGAACAGACAGACAACCCUGCCCCAGAGUGCAACAACCCUAAUGGGUUUGUCAACAGAGUGUUUAAUGUUUCUCUGGAUGUAGCCAAUGAGACCAGCAGUGUUUAUAUUCAGGAGACUGGGCCAGGGCCUGUGGAGGGGCAAGGAGACACCCAGGCUGUCUCUUCUCAGACUCCUGUCAAGGACAGACAGGAGGUCACCCGGAGGCCCCGUGCCGCAGGGGGGAUCUGGAAGAUCUUGAACCGAAAGCGAGCUGUCUCAGAGCUGGACAGAAGACCUCACUCUAUGAUCCUGCCUGGCGAGGCUUCCAUCCCUAAACUUUCAUUUGCCGACAAAGUUCGCUCCUUCAAGAAGCUUAAAUCACCUUCUGUGUUUCGAGGGAAGACAGGGAAAUUGUCCACUGCCAAGUUCAGUAACUCCUUGGUGGAUGAGGAGUCUUUCUGCCAUGACGUCGGCACUCCUCAACAGUCCAGCAGGGGCACACUUAGACACCGUGGCAAAAGGCACUCAUAUGCAGGCUACACUGCAGAGUUUGACUGCUCGUUUGAAGACAUCGACCUCACAGCUCCUACGGAAAGCAGUCACCCUGCUGUACAGGGUGAGAAUGUCACUCAGAAUGGUUGUAAACCAUCAGAGAAAAUUUGCUACACUAAAAGAAGCUACAACAAUUCAUCUAAUUGUAACAAAACAGCAGCUGCUUGUGAAGAACCUAGCAGUAAGGGGAGCCCAAGGAGCCAUCAGGCAGGAGGAAGGAGACACAAAGAUGUGUGGAGUUACCUGAGGAGGAUUUCUCUUUUGGGGAAGGCCAAUCCUGUCUACUCAGAGAGGAGCUUUGAUUCUGAGCUCCACUCUCUAGACAAGACCAUGGACUCAGACUUUGGCUCUGUAGACUUUGAGAGCGUUAGAGACUUUCAGCCUCCUCUCCCGAAGCACUCGGACACCAAGGGGCACUUUGGCGGCCUGUUUAAAUUUUUCAAUAGUGUAGCAGAGACAGCCAGAAAAUGGCGGACAACAUCACGCUCCUUCUCCCCUCCGGAGGGAGAAAGGAGUCCAGUAAGCUCCCCAAGAUCCCCACAGCGUCCAGUGGAUAACAUUCAUAGUGUGUCCCUGACUUUCCACACCGAAGAACUUCCACAACCCCACACUAUCCAUAAAUCACCAGUGACUGCUAAAUCAUCACACUCAAGUAGCUUUAACAGUGAGCCUCCAGGACAUUCGACAGGUGGACGAUCAACAAAGGUGGUCCUUAAGGCGUUUAAGGCAAAUCCUGGAUCUCAGCCUUCAAAUGGCCUUCAGAAUCAACAUAUAGACAAGGAGACAAAUCACAGGUCCACUGCCUUAGCAGAUGAUCAUCAAAAGCCAGGUGCUAUCACAGAGACUAAUGGAGAAGCAGAGAUUGAAAUACAUCUGUUAAAUGGUCUCUGUCAGGAGGAAAAGGUUGAGGGUCUGACAGGAAAUGAGCAGGAUUCCAGGGAUGCUCCACCUGACACCACAAAGAUGCAGGAAGUGAAUACCCAAUCACAACAUGGUGAUAAAGAGAGUACAACCAAUAGCGUACCUGCAUCAGAUUCCACUGAGGAAAUAUUCAAGCUGUGUGAGCAGAUUGCCAGCCAGACAGGCAGCAGUGUAAGACACCCGUGCCCAACCAUGCUCCACUCUAGCACAGAGAGGACCUCUGUACCUCACAAGCCUCUGCGUCCUCGUCCGGCCUCAGCUAUACUGGACCUGCGGAAGCCGGGCCCUGACCGAGAUCUCUACAACCACUAUAGUGAGGUUGGCUCACUAUGCCGGCGGAGACGCAGGCCUGCUCCCACCAUGCUCCACUCUCCAGGGCAGAGACGGAUGGCUGCACGCUCCAGGCCUUGUUCUGUCAUAGAGACCAGUGUUACUAGGGAGACACAGUCCACGGAGCUGCACCACAGAGCCUUGUCUCGCCCUCCGGGUGUGUCACCGCUAGAGCCCCCCCUCAAGGCGUCUCUCCAGCGCUGCCGGUCCCUGCCUCUGCCCCCGAGCACUCUCACUGCCUUGGCGCUGCUCCUGCCUCAGUCAGACAUGGGGCAGUCAUCAUCGUCGGUGCGUCUACGGUCUGGAGACUCUGGUAGCUGCAGGAGAAGGAGACUUUUAAGACCUGGUUCAGAACCACUGCAGGUGAACAUAUUGAUAAGUGGAGGUUCAAUCGUCAACGCUGAGGCAGUAUGGGACCAUGUGACCAUGGCGGACCGGGAGUUGGCGUUUAAGGCCGGUGACGUCAUCAAGGUGCUGGACGCCUCCAACAAGGACUGGUGGUGGGGCCAGAUUGAUGAGGAGGAAGGAUGGUUCCCUGCCAGCUUUGUACGGGUGGAACCCCACCCUCCUCAGCCCCAAACAAAACAGGUUUUCUAUAUCAACCCCAUAGCAACUCCACGGUUCCAAAACACCACGUCAAAGCUGUGGGUGAACCAGGAGGAUGGGGGAGCGGAGCCAGCUGAGGGGACCAGCGAGGUUCAGAACGGGCACCUGGACCCAACCAAUGACUGCCUGUGUCUGGGCUCGCCCCUCCAGAACCGGGACCAGAUGAGAGCCAACGUCAUCAAUGAGAUCAUGAGCACAGAGAGACACUACAUCAAACACCUCAAGGACAUCUGUGAGGGCUACUUGCGCCAGUGCAGGAAGCGUGUGGACAUGUUCAAUGAUGAUCAGCUGAAGGUCAUCUUUGGGAACAUCGAGGACAUCUACCGCUUCCAGAUGGGGUUUGUUAGAGACUUGGAGAAACAGUACAACACAGAGGAACCUCAUCUCUCUGAAAUUGGACCAUGCUUUUUAGAACACCAAGAUGGUUUCUGGAUCUAUUCAGAAUACUGUAACAAUCACUUGGAUGCUUGUAUGGAGCUGAGCAAACUGAUGCGGGAUGGCAGGUACCAGCACUUUUUUGAGGCAUGUCGCCUCCUCCAGCAGAUGAUUGACAUCGCCAUAGACGGCUUCUUGCUCACCCCUGUCCAGAAAAUCUGCAAAUAUCCACUCCAGUUGGCUGAACUGCUCAAAUACACAGCACAGGAGCACAGUGACUAUCGAUAUGUGGCAGCAGCUCUGGCAGUAAUGCGGAACGUCACUCAGCAGAUCAACGAGAGGAAGAGGAGGCUGGAGAAUAUUGACAAGAUAGCCCAGUGGCAAGCCUCUGUUCUGGACUGGGAGGGGGAUGAUAUUUUGGACCGAAGCUCGGAGCUCAUCUACACCGGGGAGUUGUCAUGGAUCUAUCAGCCGUAUGGACGCAGCCAGCAGCGAGUCUUCUUCCUCUUUGAUCACCAGCUGGUCCUCUGUAAGAAGGAUCUGAUACGCCGGGACAUCCUGUACUAUAAGGGCCGCAUUGACAUGGAUCGCUAUGAGGUGCGGGACGCUAUAGACGGGCGUGACGAUGACUUCAACGUAAGUGUGAAGAACGCUUUCAAAUUGUGCAACAAAGACAGCGAGGAGAUCCACAUCUUCCUGGCCAAGAAGCCCGAGGAGAAGAUCCGCUGGCUCAGGGCCUUCCACGAGGAGAGGAAGAUGGUGCAGGAGGAUGAGAAAAUCGGUUUCGAGAUCUCUGAGUACCAGAAGCGACAGGCGGCCAUGACAGUGAGAAAGGUGACCAAACAGAAAGGUGUAAACAGGUGCACGCCCCCCUCAUACCCGCCCCCCCAGGACCCCCUCAGUGCGGGGCAGUAUGAGGUAACGGAGGACAUGGCACAAGGAGAGGUUUUUGAAUUCAGUCAAUCCAAAAGAGGCCAGGCUCCUUUCUGGCAGAAUUUUAGUAGAUUAGCUCCAUUUAAGAAAUAGAGAUACACAGACUCUUCUGAAGGACCAGCUAUUUUUCUUAGAAGCACUAAACCACUGGGUGAUCAUGUUCCUUGAUGAAGAAAAUAUGAAAACACACAUACACAAGAGGACUCUGAAGUUAAGGACCAAUGUUAAUAUAGAGUAUGAUCGGAAGCAGCAAGAGGACUUGGAUUUUAAAAAUUGAGGAAAAAAAAUAAACAAUUCAUAUAUGUUAGUAACGUUCUUCUAGUUAUCAUGCUUCUCCAGCUGAGUCAACUGUCAUGAACUUUUUCUCUUCGGAUUCUGCAACUCAUGCUCACACCAUCUGAAUGUCCUGGAGUUGUUAAGAUUGUUCUAUUAUUUCAUUUUCAAUCCAUCAUCGGGAAAGAAACGUGCAAGGCCAAGCCGGGUCAUUCUUUAGUUGUAUGAUUGUGUUUAAAAAAAAAAAGAAAGAAAGAAAGAAAGCGGGGGGGGGGCUGAGUUCUUGCUGUGCUGCUAUGUGAGAUUGCACGUUGCAUUCUUCUGAAUGUGAAUUAUGGUGGAGAUUGAAUAACAACCGGCUGCAGCCGACAGCUGUGGCAUUGGAAGGACCUGUGAAGCUCAGCGUGCCCCAUCCAUCCUUCCAUCCAUCCAUCCAUCCAUCCAUGCCAAUCGCCGCUGAUGGCAGAGCGGUUAGGAUCAUCUCCGCUCCACUGAUAUCUGGAUCUCCUCCUCACUCUCAAUGCUUCACAUGUCUCUCUCUCUCUCGCCGUCUGCAUAUAGUAGCCCUCUGUUCGCUAAGUCUGACGUCCACAGUGUUUCCCUGCAUCCAUCUCUUCCGUGUCCUCUCUAUCUCCCUUCCCACCUGCUCAGCCUCUGUGAGUCAGUGGUUCUCAGAGGUAAAGAGUAAGAGCCUCAUUCUGUUGGAAUCCUGCCACUGGCCAUGAUACGAUGGGUCAGGGAACAAAUCAAUAGCGGGAACAUCAAUAGAAUAUUUACAUCCUUUCACCAAACCACUUUUGACAGGGUAUUCAUAUCCGAUCACACCGAGGGGCUGUGGGCUGCAAUUUUUUUUUUUUUUUUUUUUUACGGAGAGCUCGCCGCUCAGAUGAAACAGCUGGGAGCAAGAGAUAGGCAGGCUACGGUCCACCUGCUUUGUGUCGGUGCCCCUCCCCGUACUCCCCAGAGACCACCCCUGUAGCACUGUGCUGGCAGCUCACUGGGCGUUUGGAACGAGCACAGCCUACCUCCAGAAAUCCACUAAGAGCUCGAGUGAAGUUGACGCAUUGGCCAAGGUCUAAAACAGUAUCUCUUUUUUUUUUUUUUCUUUUUUUUUUUUCACGUCAGCUGUAAAAAGACUUCCACAGUUGACUUAAUUAUUUUGUAUUUUGCUCACAUUGCAAAAAGCACAGCACAUAUUUCGAUAAAGGAGCACCUUUUCUUGUUUGAGUAAAGAGCGAUGCAAACAUGUUCCGUGCGAAAUUUCAACAGAAUGCUAACCAGCACAAAGGGGGGAAAAACGGUCCAAAAAGUGGCAGAAAUUCAAAGUGAACCAGACAGCCAUUUGAGCGAGUUGAGGCUGUGAGUCGGCCCUGACUAAAAAGUACAACGCAGAAGUGUGAGCCAGUACCGCAGGGGAGGCAGGAAGGUGAAUUAAAUCUGUAGCAUGCAGGUGUCCUCUGACAGAUUCAUGCAUCUCUUAAGACUGCAGCUUCCAAAUCUUGGCGCUUGUCCCCAUCACGUCGUUUCUUCCCCGAUCUCAUCCAUGUUCUGACAGUUAGCUCGGCACCGUUAAGUGAUUUACAAAGGACUGCGGCCCGAUCAGAUUGAUUUGUUUAAUCAACUAUUGUCCCCUGAAGCUGCUGUGAUAGAGAUGCUGCCAUAAAGAGGCCCACGCUCCUUCAGCAGAGAAGAUCUACUGAGGAGAAACUACCAAUUUACACAUUUCAUGAAGGUGUAUUCUUUUCUACAGUUGGAAUGUAAGUGAAGCAUCUGUCCAUGGUUUGUGCUCAUAUUUUGACCUCAGAUACAGAAGUACAUUUUAUGUUGAAUUAUAUCACCUGAUGGACAGUACAUAUACAGUUUGACAACUUGUGCAAUGUGAUAUAUCAUUAUAUAUCUUCACUAUUCACUACAGUGAUAUGAAAGAGUUAUAUAUCGUUCUAUGUCAUUUGUUUGCCUUCUUAUAGGCCUUAUAACCUAUUGGAAAAAAGACCUUAGAAUUGCUUUGUAUGUUGUGUAAUUUAUGUUUUGUUUCAGUAAAGAAAGUUGAGAAAUGGGUGAGUUGGCUGCUGGUGUCUGUAGAUAUGGCUCCCAGUGAGAUUGUUUUGGAAGAUAAUUCCCUUCUGGCACAGCAAAAAGAUAUGGUUCCCAGGCCAUGAUAACCUCAGGUCCCGUGCUACGCCCACUCCCACUCCUUCACCCUCAUCCCUGCCCCCCCCCCCACCCCCCCACCCCCACCCGUCACCAUCUUUAGUACCAACAUACAGACAGACACAAGCAUGCAGGCACAUACAAAACACAACAUACACGCACAUAAUCAUGCGCACUUGCUGGCCCGUUCUGCUGCGGAGAAGAGAGAUGCUAUCUAACAGUGCCUUCCAGCAUUCCACUAGUGAUUAUCUAUUCAGUUUCACAGGCAGAUUUGAAUUAGUCAUGUAUUUUCCCUUCAGUGUGGGACUCGCAUCUCUCUCUCUCUUUUCUCUCUCUCUCUCUCUCUCUUUCUCAUACACACUGGGAAUUCCUCAUUCCCCGGUGCAAUGAGAUCCACUCGGACAGAAACCUACAGAGGUCAGGCCUUUUACAUGAGUAGAUACUGUGCUGUCUGACUGAAACACUUAAAACACCUUAUUCUACUAUAUCAACACUUAACAUAGCAGUACUUUUAUUGCACAAAAACUAGUUCUAAUUUCAGAUGUUUAGAAACUGCAUAGAAUUCCUUUAUUAUUAUAUUAUUGCUAUCUAUUUAACAUCAAAGAACACUAUGGUUUAAUAUAUAUAUAUAUAUAUAUAUAUAUAUAUAUAUAUAUAUAUAUAUAUAUAUAUAUAUAUAUAUAUAUAUAUAGUAGGACAAUGGUUUUCAUUAGUUAGGUUUCACGUUAAAAUAUAUUAUUAACAGUGACUUAUAAAUUAAAAGAAGAGUCAUCUAUUUUACCUUUAUCAGCUACACACUGUAAAUACUGUAAAAAGAACAGAUCAUAUAUUUGGAUAUUGGUAUUUUGCGUUGGAGACGAAUGUUGUUCCAGUUCUAGCGUGCGGUAGACCUCAGUACCAGGUAAAUGCAUGCUUGUGGCAUCCAAUAUUUUGCAUGAGACUUAAGACACUCUUAACAGAUUGUUUAGUUUCAUUUAACCUCCAUGAGGGGUUAUUUUUUUGUCCCACCCCCCCUUCCUUCACAAAUCUGGAGCCCAUUCAUUUGUGAACCCAUAGCAUCUCACUGAAGGGAGUUCUUUUCUCUGUCCACCUGUCUCCUGCUCACUUAACAUAGUAGAGGUUGUAGCUUCUGUUUCUUUUUUUUUUUCUUUUUUAAUUUAUUGUCAAGUAGAAUGAACACUGAAUCAAAAGACUGAACUGCCGAGAGGUGAAAAGGCACUGAUGCUCUCUUACCCAUAUGUAAUGGGUACUAUAAACUUGUAACAUUUUUUUUUUCCUUUUUUAUAUUUGGUUCCAACAUACACUGUCAUGGUCCAAACUGCUGAUUUAUUAUAAUUAUUUUCAUUUUAUUACUUCUUUUUUUUUUCUUUUUUUUUUGGAAUGCCAUUAUUAACUGCUGAGGCAAAAACGGGUAUAAUUUUUCUAUGACAACAAUGAACCAAAUAGGAGUUAGCAGUGAUCAUGGGUGUUUGUGUAUAGAUUUGUAGUCAACCAGAAGAGCUGAAUAAAUGCGAAACCUCUCGGGAUGAGCUAAAAAUAAACAUAAUCCUGAAGACACACGCGCGCAGUACUUCAUUGCAAUUCAUGUCACGCUCCUUGUUUCUACUUAAAGUAUAAUACAGAUUCUUUGAAGUACAAUAACUUGAUAGCAGAAAUGAUUUCCUCUCUUGUAUUUAUUGAAUGCAGUAUUAAAUAUUACCAUUUUGGCCACAGUGUUAAAAGGAUGUAUAUAUUGGUUUUAUUUUCUUAUAUAGUUAUCAUUCUGACCUUGUAUUGAGAGCCGAGAGGACAGCCUUCUGUGCAGUAGAAGAAUUUUUUUUUUUCCUCCGUUAAAUUUACGGUCAUAAAAAGCUAAGUUAGUAAAACUGUCACCUAAAUGCAUCAAAUUUCUGUAAUUCCUCCUUUUAGUCCAGAGUGUACAUAAGCCAGUAAUCACUCACGUUUAACAUUGACACAUCUUCAGUAGGACCUCCUCGCUGUUGGUUUUUUGCAGUCCUGUGUUGUUUCAGAAUAGUCAGGGUACAACAAGAGUCUUCAAUGAGCCAUAUUCCAUGUGGUGUUCAGUGACAACAAAGCUAACAGAAGACUGGCAUCCCACUCUGAGAAUCACAUGAUUUCAUUGUAUAUUACCAUCUAGUUUGGGGUCUGGAUUUUACCAUCAAAAUAUGAACCCACAGUAUCCAUAUCCUUUGUCACCAUAUGCAAACGUUUGUCAUUUUAUUUCAUGCUGGCCUUUUUCAGUUGGAUUAUUUGUUGUAGAAAUGAAAAACCUGAAAAAUAAUGCCUAUUCAAUCCAGAAACUGUGAAUGGGAGAGUGGAGAUGUCAACCGUAUGUACAUUAUAUGUUUUGAUGUAAUCAGAAGCACUGGGAAUAUGUUGUAUUUCGCUGUAAAAAUGAAUCCAUAUCUGAUAUAGCUGUACUUUUGUUGAAAAUAAAACCUCUACAGAACUGCG